GGUGUGGGUUUGUUUGUUUGUUUGUGAUCCUUUGAAUGGUUUGUAGAUAGAGUCUGUUAAUUUAUUUGGUGUUAAAUUUUAUGUCCCUAGUUAUAUGAUUGUCCUUUUAAGUGAUUAGUGGAUUUCCUUGUAAGAUGUAGAAAAGGUAUAGAAGAGUUGUUUCCAAGCCUUAGCUCUUGAUUUGGAACAAUUAUUUGAGGAGGGGGGGGGGAGGGCAUUCCAGAAAUUGCAUAGUUGUUUUUGAGUCAAUUAUUCUUUAAGUAAGUUUGCUGCUAGUUGUCAGUUUAUACGUGUGAAAUAUGUUUAAAGAGUUGAGAGUAUUUUGGUAUAUUUUCAAACUUGUUGGACAUGGGUUGUUUUUGGUUGCCCAUGGCUAGUAGUUGGGUAAUGUUAUUAGGUUUCUAUUUAUAGAUUUUAGUUGGUCAGGAAGGGCUUUAAAAUUGAAGUAAGUUUCUCAUUUUGGAGUUACAGUUUUGGUUAAAAAUAGUGGUAAUCAUAUUGCCUAUGAUUAGGCAAUAUUUCAAUUUUAACAAAGAACAAGGUAAAGAUCAUUUUCACUAGCUUUAAAGCUUUCCAUGAUUGUGUGAUACAAUUCUAACAAUAAGUUUGAUAGGAAGAUGGGGAAAUGCGAUGGGUAUCCUUCUAGGACUUUUGUGUUAAGAUUCUGGUAUUCAAGUCUCACGACCCCCACGCGCGUAGCGCAUGGGGGUCAAACUAGUCAAGAUCUGCCGUUUUGUUCUCAAAAUGGGAAUAUUACUGUUCCAUUAAUAAAAAGCUAACAUCAAAGAACGGCCAAAAGGAACGUUGUUUACCUAGCCAUUUGACCCACUAUUUGUAUCCACCAUUUUGUUCUCAGAAUGGGAAUUUUUUAACCUAAUGAGACGGGCAAUAUUUGAAUUCAGAGGGACGACUGAAUAGGUCUACAUUGAUUAUACUUUCAAAUCGGGACAUAAUGUCACCCAUAUAAUACUAGUUGAUGCUGCAUUCAUAAGGGUAUGAUUAGUGUAUGGCAUCAGAAUUCAAAAUUGUUGCAAAGUACUAGAUUGAGCAAUUUCAACAAAGAAUAUGGCCUUUUGCUUUAUGAAUAACAGCCAGAUUGUGCGACUUUUUAACUAUUAUGAACUGACCAGAAUAUGAGUAUUGAAUCAAGGGGUGCUAUGAUAGUUAUUUGUAAGAAGAAGGACUUUUUUUCUUAGAACCACAAAAUGUUUAAUGAAUUGAAGUAUGGGUCCUUGUAGUCGUAAGGUACAUUACACAGUUUACCAUGAUAGGGUUUGUAGCUGAGUCAAACUGUCUAUGCUUAGUCUGCUUCUAUGUUAUUUCACUUAUAUAAAUACUGAAUGUGGUGUAUUGUUGACCUACAUCUUAGUUUUCUUUAAAUGAAUCGUAGUUGCUCUAAAACAUUUUUAUUCCCAUCGAUGCAUAUAUACUUUAACUAUUUGAUUUACAUUGCCUGUCUUUCUGAUUCAUGUGUCUCUUAGUAUAUUCUGUAGUAGUUGCUCUAUAUGUAUUGCUGUGUCUAGUAUUAAUUUCUUAUCCCAGUUGUUUUCAUGACAGUCUCUUGCUGCUGUAUUGAUUGUUUAGAGGGGUUUUGUUUCCCCACUGAUGUACUCAAUUGAAGAUUGUGCUACAUAUAACAAGAACAGAUCAAAUGCCAUCAUUAAAAAUGAAGAACAAGUCAACCAUGGGGUGUUUAAGAGAAAAAAAAUGGUCUCCAUGUAUGCUAGAAGUCAAACAUGAUAUCGAAGAAUUUUAGUGGUUUUAGAGGGAAGUGCUAACAUGAUAGGAGUUGAUUGAAUGCUAAGAACUCCUUCAAAUGGUAACAAUGUGCCAAUUGUAAAAUAAGUGUGUGUGUGUUUUUUCUUUUUUCUUUUUUUUAAAUUUAGCUUUUGAAAUUGAGAUUUUGAACAUACAUGUCAGUUAAUAGCCUCUUCUUACUGAGGCUUUCAAUGUUCUAAUGUCUUUCCAUACUGUCACCAAUCUCUUUUCUUUCUUUAAUCAGAUUUACAUAUUGAGAGCCAUUCUCUUAUUUUCUUAUUUUUCUCAUGGAUUCCGUUGGAGUCAUUAUUUCCUUCUAUUAACUGAAGUUGGAGAUUUUUGCAGAAUAUGAACUUUGGUGGCUAGAUGGGCCUAUGUAGAUUGCCAAAUUGAUUUACUGAUAAAUUAGAACAAAUAAGAUUGAAAAAUACUCAGUAGUUUAUUUCUUGUUUUUGCUACUCGAAUGUUCCCCAUAUUUUAAAAGUCUGACAAUGUAUUCCUAGAAUGUUACUAUAGUUAUGUGUGACAAAUGAUGGCUGAUUGCAGGAAUCUAUACAACCAACCUGUGCAUCAAACUUGGAGACAAUUUUUUCACCAACUUUGGAGUCAAAUGAAGUUCACAGUGAACCAUAGAUCAACAAUGAUGCAGAUACAAUUUAGAAUUUUUCUAUUUAUGCUAUCUUGGGAAUUGUUUUUUUAUCUUAAAUUAGAGAUUUGUCGCUAGAGCAUGUGUACUUUUUGACAUGAAGAUGAAGUUUUUUGAGAAAUUUUGUUUGUGUUGCUUCAUUCCUCCUAAAAAAGGUGGAAAUGAAAAUACUGGAAGUCACUGCUUCAUGUUUCCAGAAAAUGGUCAGUAUGUAUCUGAAGUAAAUUAUUUGUUUCUUUCUUUUGGUUUUGAAUACAAUAUUGAUCAGCUAAAGCUCCUCAUAACUCAAAAUUUCCUUCACUAAAAGCCACUUUAAAGAGAUUGGGUUCACAUAUUUAAAAAACUACAACAUCCUUGACCAGUGCGAAAAUUGUAAGAUGAGCAGAACAAAGAAGCAACACAUUUUGUUUUGGAAGAUCACCAUAAAACAAUUACUAGACCACCAAUGUCUGCAUUGCAUGCAAACUCAUUUCAUUUAUUGCCUGCACACUAGUUUAAUUCUUUAUCACUUGCACUCCCAACUUAUUUAAUGUGUCACUUGAAUGAAUAAUGAUGAAAUUUUUCUUGAGCCAUGAAGAGUUCUUUGUUGGAGAUGGGAGUAUAAAUCUUUGCACAUGUUUGUAAAGAAUGUCAAACAACAUAGAUUAUUGUUGUUGGAUUAUGUUUUUAUAAAAUAUUUAAAGCACAUGUCUUAGGUUUGGAAAUAUAAACCAUCUUCUGCAUAUGACAAUGCAAAGCAGAAGAUUCACGUUCAGUUUUGAAUUGGUCGUGCCAAAAAUGGAUUGACAUUGUCUAAAUAAGCCUUACCUUCCUCUUAUCUCUAUACAGGGAGUAACGAAGAUCUUGAUCCAUCGAUUUUGGGAGCUGAUGAGAGUGAUGAUAACAAUAGAAGCUCUAGUGAAUAUCAAACUUGCAUUGUCUCAGAUCUCUACAUUUCUGACGUGAUUAUUGCAGGCUACCCAUCGAAGGCAACUCAAUUAUGAUGACAUCACAGAAGCUAGUUGCUUGCUUGAUUAGAAAUGUGAUGAGUGAAGUACAUUUUUUGAUGUAACUAAGGAAUACAUGAUACUACCUUUCCUUGAGGAUACCAUGGAUGCAGGUGGCGAUCAUGAUGGCAGAACAUGUGAGGACACCAUUACAGAUUCAGAUGAUUCAAGCUUGUAUCUUGCAAUCCAUCAGUUGAGAUCCUGCAAUGAGGAACCUGAUAUUAAUCCCUACUCAGAUUCAGAUCAAUUAGAGUGCUUUGAUCCACACAUGUUUAUCCGAAGUCUACCUGACCCAUCAGAUAUGGUACCAAAUUUUCACCACACAUUGCUAAAUAAAACACAAAAAAUGAAGUCCACUACCCUACUACUGGAUUUAGAUGAAACACUUGUCCACUCUACAUUGGAACAUUGUAAAGAUGCGGAUUUUAGCUUUCUAGUCUUUUUCAACAUUAAAGAGCACACAGUCUAUGUAAAACAGAGGCCUCACCUUCAGAUGUUCCUAGAGAGGGUUGCUGAGAUGUUUGAAAUUGUGGUGUUCACAGCCAGUCAAAGCAUCUAUGCAGAACAACUUCUGGAUAUAAUGGAUCCAGAUAGAAAACUUAUCUCAUGCUGAGCUUAUCGUGAAUCAUGCAUUUUUUAAGAUGAAAGUUACACCAAGGACUUAACAGUUUUAGGUGUUGAUCUUGCAUCUCUUGGGUAGAUUUCCUGCCCAUUGACUUUCACGUAUCCUUUGUAAAGAAUAUUUGGUUAACAAUUGUUAUA